GCGGCAGAGUGAGGGCAGUCAUGGGCAGGACAGGUGAGUGGGGUCAGGACACUGUUGGGAGAGAGCAGAGGUCAGGAACAGGGAGAGAGAGCUCAUUACAGUAAAGCAGAGCAACCACUCAGGAUCCAUGGGACCUGGGUAAGUGAGAGAGGAGGGGGAGGGGGAGAUGCAUGCACACGUUCCAGACUUUCAGAGAGAAAGAGUCAAGAGCCAAAGCACAAUCCAGCAUCCGCCUGCUCUUCUGCCCUCGGAGCUCGCUGACCGUGCCAGCCCGCAGGCCAUGGAGAAUGAGCUGCCAGUCCCCCAUACGUCCAGCAGUGCCAGUGUCGCCAGCAGUGCCAGCAGCGGCUGCAGCAGUGGCAGCAGUGGCGGGAGUGGCCGCCCUGCCGGGCCCCAGAUUUCUGUGUACAGCGGCAUUCCUGACCGGCAGACCGUGCAGGUGAUCCAGCAGGCGCUGCACAGGCAGCCCAGCACGGCGGCUCAGUACCUGCAGCAGAUGUACGCGGCCCAGCAGCAGCACCUCAUGCUGCAGACGGCAGCGCUCCAGCAGCAGCACCUCAGCAGCGCCCAGCUCCAGAGCCUGGCGGCCGUGCAGCAGGCAAGCCUGGUGGCCAACAGACAAGGGAGCACUUCAAGCAGCAAUGUGUCUGCACAGGCCCCAGCCCAGUCAUCCUCGAUCAAUCUAGCAGCCUCCCCAGCAGCAGCCCAGCUCAUCAACCGGGCACAGAGUGUCAACUCAGCGACAGCCUCAGGCAUCGCCCAGCAGGCCGUGCUCUUGGGUAACACGUCUUCUCCGGCCCUGACUGCAAGCCAAGCGCAGAUGUAUCUAAGGGCACAGAUGCUCAUCUUCACGCCCACGGCCACCGUCGCUACUGUGCAGCCUGAGCUCGGCACUGGCUCCCCCGCCCGGCCCCCCACCCCCGCCCAGGUACAGAACUUGACCCUCCGAACACAGCAGACACCAGCUGCAGCAGCCUCGGGCCCUACCCCCACUCAGCCUGUCCUGCCCAGCUUGGCCCUGAAACCCACGCCAGGGGGUAGCCAGCCUCUGCCUACCCCGUCACAAGGCAGAAACACCGCUCAGGGUUCCCCCGCAGGUGCCAAGCCUGGCAUAAGUGACAGUGUGAUGGAGCCACUCAAGAAAGGAGAUGGUAACAACGGUGUGCCAGGGAGCAUGGAGGGCCGGGCUGGGCUCAGUCGGAUGGUGCCCGCUGUGGCUACCCACCCCCUCGUCGCACCAGCCUAUGCUCAGCUGCAGCCCCACCAGCUUCUCUCGCAGCCGUCCUCCAAGCACCUGCAGCCCCAGUUUGUGCUCCAGCAGCAGCCACAGCAACCAGCGCCACAGCAGCAGCAGUCACGGCUCCAAGCCCAGCCCCAGCCCCAGCUCGCCUCGGUCCCCCCCAGCCUGGCCCCGCAGUCCAGCCCUGAAGCCCAUGCCAUGCCACUAGGCCCAGUCACACCCGCCCUGCCGCUGCAGUGCCCCACGGCCAAUCUGCACAAGCCUGGCAGCGCUCAGCAGUGUCACCCUCCCACGCCAGAAGCUGGGCCUCACAAUGGAUACCCUGAAGGCCUGGCCCACACCCCUCGCAGGCUCCAGCAUGCUUCGGCUGUCAUCUUACAACUGCAGCCCGCUUCACCAGUGCCCCAGCAGUGCACCAUGGAUGACUGGAAAGAGGCGGUACCUGGGGAGAAGAGUGUGCCUGAGACUCGCGCUGGCCCAUCACCACAUCCCCAGGCGAUCAUCACGGCCAUGCCUGCAGGCCUGCCUGCCCCCAAGAGCCCUAGUGUCCAGCAGUCCCCAGCUCACGAGACAGGGCAGGGCAUUGUUCAUGCACUGACCGACCUCAGCAGCCCCGGCAUGACCUCAGGGAACGGAAAUUCUGCCUCCAGCAUCACCGGCACUGCCCCCCAGAAUGGUGAGAAUAAACCACCACAGGCCAUUGUGAAACCCCAAAUCCUGACGCAUGUUAUCGAAGGGUUUGUGAUCCAGGAGGGGGCGGAGCCUUUCCCGGUGGGACGCUCGUCCCUGCUGGUGGGGAAUCUCAAGAAGAAGUAUGCACAGGGGUUCUUGCCUGAGAAACUUCCACAGCAGGAUCACACCACCACCACUGACUCUGAGAUGGAGGAGCCCUAUCUGCAAGAAUCCAAAGAGGAGGGUACUCCCCUCAAACUCAAGUGUGAACUCUGUGGCCGGGUGGACUUUGCCUACAAGUUCAAGCGUUCCAAGCGCUUCUGUUCCAUGGCGUGUGCAAAGAGGUACAACGUGGGGUGCACCAAACGAGUGGGGCUUUUCCACUCGGACCGGAGCAAGCUUCAGAAGGCAGGAGCCACGACCCACAACCGCCGCCGGGCCAGCAAAGCCAGUCUGCCACCACUUACCAAGGAUACCAAGAAGCAGCCAACAGGCACCGUGCCCCUCUCGGUCACAGCCGCGUUGCAGCUGACACACAGCCAGGAAGACUCCAGCCGUUGCUCGGAUAACUCAAGCUAUGAGGAGCCCCUGUCACCCAUCUCAGCCAGUUCGUCCACCUCCCGCCGGCGACAAGGCCAGCGGGACCUGGAGCUCCCUGACAUGCACAUGCGGGACCUGGUGGGCAUGGGGCACCACUUCCUACCAAGCGAGCCCACCAAAUGGAAUGUAGAAGAUGUCUACGAGUUCAUCCGCUCCCUGCCAGGCUGCCAGGAGAUCGCAGAGGAGUUCCGCGCCCAGGAGAUCGAUGGGCAAGCCCUGCUGCUGCUCAAGGAGGACCAUCUGAUGAGCGCCAUGAACAUCAAGCUGGGGCCGGCCCUGAAGAUCUACGCACGCAUCAGCAUGCUCAAGGACUCGUAGGGCCGGCCGGAGAGCCAGGGGUCUGGCCCGGGCUCCUCCUCCCGACUGAGCAGAGCCAGGCGGACGUUCCUGAGGGGCCCAGAAACGGGGCCAGUCGGAGGGAAGGGCUCUCCCCGUGGGGCGUGGCUGGUGAGGAGGGCUUGGCACCCCCUCAGUGGCUCUCAGGGGCCUUUCUUUCUGUGGGAGGGGCAGAGAGGUAGGUGGCGCAGAAGAUGGGGCUUUAUGCUUGUAAAUAUUGAUAGCACUGGCUUCCUCCAAAGUCCCAAUACUCUAGCCCCGCUCUCUUCCUCUCUUUCUGUCCCCCAUUUUCCAGGGGGCAUAUGGUCAGGGCUCCCCAACCUGAGUUGGGUUACUUCCAAGGGCAGCCGUCAGGCCUGGAUAGAGGCCUCGCGAGCCCUUGCCUGCCUUCCUCCCGCUUCUUUCUCCGGGCCUGGCUAACUCUUCCGUUGCCAGCUUCUCCCCCUUCAGCCCGUUUCUGAAGCAGCCAGGGGCUCUCCCCCUUCACCCUCUGCAGGUGGAGCGAGAGAAGCUGGGCCCGGUUCGGCCACGCCCACUGGCACAGACGCCUUAACGCUGUGUGUGUGACUGGAUGACUGUGUAGGAGCCUGGACUGACAGAUGGGCCCAGAGCCACCCUCUGGCACCUCCAGGUGUUCUGUAGCAAACAGCCACUUAGUGCUUUGUCCUGGACUCCACUCAGCCUCAGGAUGGGGAAUAGAAAAGGAGGGCAGCCUCUGUGCAGAGAGGCGAGAUCAGGCGGUUUUCCUUUCCAGAGUGGGCACGCUGUCUCCGAAGCCCUUCCCACACUGUGAAGUCCCCCCGACUGCCCUGCUGUGCCACGAACAGCAUUAAGGGAGCUGCUGUAGGCCGGGCGGGGCCUCCUGGCCUGCCCGCCCGCCCGCCCCAGGAGCCCCUGAGUGGGGGCCCAGAGAACGCCUGAGGGCAGAGAGGAGCCAGGGUGGCGUUGCCGCGAAGAAGGCAGCCUUGGGCCUCCAGCUCCCACACUUGUUUGCCUCUGGAACUUGCUAGCAAUUUGAGCUACCUGCGGAGGAGGCGGGGCAGGAAGGGCGAGGGCCUGCCUCUGACUUGCCCUGUCCUCGAGGCUCUGGGGGAGGAGCAGGGCUCUCCCUGGGAACAGGGUGGGCACCUUUCUCAGCUUGUUCUAUUCCCCACACACACCCCCAGGCAGGGUUGGAAAUGAAGGACUUUUUUAACCUUUUGUUUUUGUUUUUUAAAAAUAAAUCUGUAAAAUCUG